ACCAUGACAACAUUUGACUUCUCGGAUGUAGAGGCGUUUUUGGACUGUCACCCAGAUCUCUUCGAGGAGUAUCUCGUUCGGAAGGCGAAAUGUGAUCAUGUUAGCAGGUGGUUGAAGGAGCAUCAGCCGUCGAAGGUGUCCACAGCCGAGGAGAAGCGCGGCGCUGCCAGGGACCCGCUCUGGCCGACCAACCCCGACGGGCUCCGGCGCAGAUCGUCCCACAUGGAGCUGCGACGGAACUUCGCCCGGUCUAAAGCCACCACUGCACACCGGACCUACGACGAGCAUGUGAGCCUGAGCGAACACGAGUCUCAGUCCAGCAUGAGGCGCCGUGCGCUCCUGCGUAAAGCUAGCUCCCUGCCUCCGACUACCGCGCACAUCUUGAGCGCCCUGCUGGAGUCCAGGGUCAAUGUGCCCCAGUACGCGUCCAGCGCCAUAGACUACAAAUACAGACUCAAGGAAACCAACGAGAGGGAGUUUUUCUUGGAGUUAGUUAAGGAUAUCUCCAAUGAUUUGGACUUGACAAACCUGAGUUAUAAGAUCCUGAUCAAUGUGUGUAUCCUGGUGGAUGCAGACAGGUGUUCGCUCUUCCUUGUCGAGGGACCCGCGCACAAGAGGACACUGGUGUCCAAAUUCUUUGACGUGCACUCAGGCACCACAGUCAGACCUUCCUCCAGCACACUGAACUCCAAUGAGGUGCAGGUGCCGUGGGGAAAGGGUAUCAUUGGAUAUGUGGCAGAGCAUGGAGAAACUGUAAACAUCUCAAAUGCAUACGAGGAUCACCGCUUCAGUGAUGAGAUAGACAAGUUAACAGGCUACAAGACUCAGACCAUCCUCUGUAUGGCCAUCUGUAACAGUGAUGGGGAAGUCAUAGGUGUUGUACAAGCAAUCAACAAAAACCCCAUGGGCACCCCGUUUACUGAGGAUGAUGAGAAGGUGCUGCAGAUGUAUCUACCAUUCUGCGGGAUAUCGAUUUCCAAUGCCAAGUUGUUUUCAGAGUCUCGCAAAGAGUAUGAAAGGAGUAGGGCUCUGCUGGAGGUGGUCAACGACCUGUUCGAGGAGCAGACUGACCUAGAGAAGAUUGUCAGAAAGAUUAUGCAGCGAGCACUGACCCUCCUGCAGUGUGAACGCUGCUCUGUGCUUCUCCUAGAGGACAUCGACUCUCCCGUUGUAAAGUUCUCCAAGACGUUUGAACUCAUGUCUCCCUUGUGCAACAUGGACCGUGACAUCAGCAUGGAGAAGCUAUCGUGUUCUGAUUGGCUGAUCAAUAACAGCAUUGCUGAGCUGGUGGCUUCCACAGGACUGCCUGUUAACAUCAGCGAUGUGUGUCAGGACCCACGCUUUGAUGCCGAGGCGGAUCAGGCCUCAGGGUUUCACAUCAGAUCAGUCUUAUGUGUCCCGAUCUGGAAUCGAACUCAUCAGAUAAUUGGGGUCGCACAAAUUCUGAACCGAUUGGACAGGAAGACUUUUAAUGAUGCAGAUCAGAGACUGUUUGAGGCAUUUGUGAUAUUCUGUGGACUUGGAAUCAACAACACUAUGAUGUACAAUCAGGUUAAGAAGACUUGGGCCAAGCAGUCUGUAGCACUGGAUAUGUUGUCCUACCAUGCCACCUGCUCCAAAGUAGAAGUUGACAGACUCAAGGCAGCCAAGAUCCCCCUGAGCAGUGAGUUGGGCAUCGAUGAGUUUCACUUCAACGACUUCUCUUUGGACAAUGACGCCAUGAUCACUGCGUCACUCCGAAUGUUCCUGGAACUUGGUGUCGUGCAAAAGUUUAAAAUUGACUAUGAGGUUUUGUGCCGCUGGCUUCUGACUGUGAGGAAAAACUAUCGGACUGUGGCAUAUCAUAACUGGAGGCAUGCUUUCAAUGUGUCCCAGUGCAUGUUUGUUAUGAUCACAACAGCCAGUUUCCAGGAUGUCCUAUCAGAUGCAGAGAUACUGGCCCUGAUGGUUGGCUGUCUGUGUCAUGACCUGGAUCACCGAGGCACCAACAACGCAUUUCAAGCCAAGACAGGUUCUGCUCUGGCUUUGCUGUAUGGAACGUCAGCCACCCUGGAGCAUCAUCACUUCAACCAUGCAGUCAUGAUCCUACAAAGCGAGGGUCACAAUAUCUUUGCAAACCUCUGCUCUAAAGAGUACAGCAACAUGAUGCAACUACUGAAGCAGGCUAUUCUCUCCACAGACCUCACUUUGCAUUUUGAGCGAAGAAACAAGUUCUUUGAGUGUGUUCUGUCUGGAGCAUUCAUCUGGACUGAUGAAGGACACAGAGAAGUUCUCAGGUCUAUGCUGAUGACAGCAUGCGAUCUGGGUGCCGUCACACGUCCUUGGAAGAUAUCCAAACAGGUUGCAGAGCUGGUGACGAGUGAAUUCUUUGAGCAAGGUGACAGGGAGAGGUCUGAGCUUAAGUUGACCCCAGCGGCCAUAUUUGACCGUAAUCGCAAAGAUGAGCUACCUGCUUUACAGCUGGAGUGGAUAGAUGGGAUCUGUAAACCGCUUUACCAGGCGCUGCUAAAGCUCAAUAGGAAGUUGCAGCCGAUGGUCGACGGGAUUGACGCCAAUCGAAGAAAGUGGCAGGAACUCUGUUCGUCCUAUCAACAAACAGGCUCAAUGUCCGACCAGAGUACUGAAUCAGAUCAGAGUCCGGAGUCCCAGGAGGAUGCAGGAAACAGUCACCACCAAGAGUCCACACAGACUGUGAAGCAGGUCGAAAACGCCAAGUUUGGAUCAAAGUCUAAGUGCAGUCAGGAUCUGAAGUUCAGAGUGAACAGAGAUUCCUGUGACGAUCAGCCAGGAUCAGCUGGCAACACAACAUCUGCAGGAAAGAAGUAAAGCAAGCAAAGUGUUAACUAUAGGUUUAUUCAUUAAAUGGCUCACAUGGGACUCUUCCCAUAUGUACCCUGUGAUUUUCUAACACAUGCACUACCCUAAAAUGAUUUUUAAAAAUCUGGGUAAAUUAAAUUCAGUUUUCAUCUGCUGAGCAUAUUGCUUCUCCAAAGUGUCACUGUGGUUAAACUCAGGAGGGGGAAUAAAACCCAUUUAUCAAACUCUAUUUAAAGGGCAGUUAGACCUACCCACCUACCCACCUACCCACCCACCUACCCACCUACCUACCUACCUACCUACUUACCUACCUACCUACCUACCUACCUACCUACUUACCUACCUACCUACCUACCCACCUACCCACCUACCCACCUACCUGCCUACCUACCGACCUACGUACCUAGAUGUAUAAGAAUGAGACUCUACUUUUGAAACCAAAGAGGGCCACUUAUUACUGUAAUAUUUUGUAAUGGGAACUGCCUCAAAAACACAAGCCCAUUGGAAUGCCUUUACAAAACAAAAAGGAAUCACUGUGAUUUCUCUCUGUCACAUAGAUUGCCAUCAUGAAUGUAGACCGGAGCCUUGAUCUUGUUCCUUAAUGUUGUCUUACCUCAGUUGCAAAUGUUGCUGCAUGACAUUAUUUUCAUCGUUUCUAGGUGAACCAAGCCUUCAGCCGUCAACUUGUUCUGUGAAUUGCAUGUUUGUAUCAUGUGUGCGUAACCUCCUAAUUCCUUGACUAACGAUGACACGGAGGAAUACAAAUAAGUAAAGGGAUAGUUUACUUUUUUGGGCAUAUUUAUACUUUUUAAUUGCAGUAAUUCUUAAUUUUUCAUGUGAGUGAGACAAAAACAUACGUAUGUACUGUAUGUCUGUUCAUUUAAAUGAUUUUUUUUUUUUUUUUUUUAAAUCAACUGCCCAAUCUACUUUCUCUUUACAUGUACCCAUGACUCCAUAAAUAUGCAUUGGCUGAGCAAAGUUUGGCUAAUUUCAUUGUUCAGUAUAUAUCUUGGAACUGCACACAGCAGCAUUACUGUAAAAACAUCCAGUAGUUUAUCUCUCUUUGUGUAAGAAGGAAUACAGUAGUACAGUUCUCUGACAACUGAGUUAUGCCUUCAGAAGACUUCAGUAUUGUACAGUGUACAGAGUAUAUAAAAUGCCUGUGGUUCACAUAAAGCAAAAUGUGUAUAUACUGUAUGUAGCCAUUAAUUUCUAUUGUUUGAGAUUUAUCAUCACUGUGUUUUGUAAGUCAGACUGGACUGCAUGCCGAUUAUGUUGAAACUGCAUGUAUCAUGUUUGAUGUUGACACUGGACAUUAUCUUGAUGCCUUUGACUGCCCUAUGAGAUUUGCUUUGCAUGAAAUUACUGUAGAGGAAAUGUGUGUGUUGUUACGUAAGAAUAUUGUUGCUGCAUUACUGUUGUUCAGAACGGACAAAGAUUUCUAUUUUCGAUCACAGACUGUACCAAAAUUAUACAUUUAUUAUUUUUCAUACACCGGACUCUAUAUUUAUGCAAGAUGUAGAAUUGGCAUUUUCUCCUGCUAUUUAUACACUGUCUGCUAAAAAUACAUUCUUAGACAAGGAAGCGUUACAUUUCAGAUUAAAGGGAGCAAAUUAACUCCAGCUGGUUUUGUGAAUAAAAUGCUGUGGCAUCGA